AAACUUUUUGGCUAUUUAUUACGUUAUUUGAGAUUUGGCAACACUUGAUGGAAAUAGUUCUCUGCCAUCAUGAAAGAUUUUACUAAAUCUACGAUGCAUAAGACGUCCAAAAAGCAAGUGGUAUGCUACCAAAGCAGUGGUGAAGAAUCAGAUAAUCAUCGUCAUAAAGAAAAAUUGCCCUCUCCUGUUUAUAAUGAAAAGCACAAAAAGCAAAAACACAAGAAGGAUGAUAGAAAAAUUUCAAGAGACAGCAGUCCAGAGAAAUCAGAAAAUUUUUCUGAUUCUCGUGCUCAUAGAAGAUAUUGGGAUCAAGAACAUAUCGAAACAGACAGUGAUAAUGAAUCAAAUAGACACGAAAAAAAUAGAUUUAAAGAAAAAAGGAAAGAAUAUCGAUACAGUGAUGAUGAAUUUGAUACAAGACAUAGAAACUCUGAUAGAACAAGGCCAAGAAACUUCAGACCAAGCUAUAAAAAUUUUCGUGAAAGUAGAUACCAGAGAGACUACGAUAGCAGAAGAAGCAGGUAUACUGACAGAUAUGAUAGGAAUCAAUCGCCACCGAGAUACAGAGAUGAAAGAUACAGGUAUUUCAGUGAUGAAGAAAGAUUUGAUGAAAGGAGGAAUUAUGGUGAUAGACAAGACAGGAAUGCAAAUAGAACAAUGGAUAGGAAACGUGCUCGCAGUCCCACAAACACUAAGGAUGAUGAUGAUAACCAGAAAGAUAAAAAGCCCAAGACCAUAGAAGAUAUUUUUACUAAAGCUGGGGGAGCAUAUAUCCCUCCUGCAAAAUUGAGGAUGAUGCAGGGACAAAUUUGUGAUAAAUCUAGUGAGAGUUAUCAGAAGAUAGCCUGGGAAGCUUUGAAGAAAAGUAUAAAUGGUUUCAUCAACAAAGUAAAUGUUUCAAAUUUGAAAGUUAUUAUAACUGAAUUAUUCAAAGAAAAUCUGGUUAGAGGAAGGUAUGAUGAUUAUUUUUGUAAUAUCUAAUUAUCAUUAGUAGCUAUAAUCUUA